AGGAGGUGGGAAGGCAGGGAGGCCGGCCCGCGGGGGCGGGACCGACUCACAAACUGUUGCAUUUGCUUUCCACCUCCCAGCGCCCCCUCGGAGAUCCCUGGGAGCCAGCCUGCUGGGAAAGCCAGAGGGUCCGGAGCAAAUCUGGAGGCUGAGAGGGCAUCAGAGGGGGAAAGACUGAGCUAGCCACUCCAGUGCCAUACGGAAGCUAAAGGGACAGACCACGCCAGCCCCAGCUCAGCUACAGCCGACGCCUGUUGCAGCGCGGCGGCUUCGAAGCCGCCGCCCCGGAGCUGCCCUUUCCUCUUCGGUGAAGUUUCUAAAAGCUGCGGGAGACUCAGAGGAAGCGAGAAAAGUGUCGGGUAGGACUACAGCUGCCUUUGUCAUCCUCCCCUCUACCCCCUACCCCCUCCCAGGUCCCCUCUCUGGGAGCUGACUAGGCAGGCUUCCUGGCCAACCCUCUCCCCUACACCCCCAGCGCUGCCAGCCAGUUUGCACAGAGGUAACUCCCUUUGGCUGGGAGCAGGCGAGCUUGUUGCAAAGAAGGCUUUUGAGAGCACAGAGACUGAGGAGCAACAGCACGCCUGGAAAGCCCCUGAUUCCAGGUUCUCCCCCUGCACCUCCACCUGCCCGCCCCUCACCCUGUGUGUGUGGAGCUGGAAAUCAAAAGAUGAAAAGGCAGUCAGGGCUUCAGUAGUCGAAAGCAAAACAAAAGCUAAAAGAAAACAAAAGGAAAAUAGCCCAAUUCUCCUUUGCACCUGCUUCAGUGGACAUUGCAUGUGGAAGGCAGAGGAUUUUCCUUUCCCCCCACGUCAAGCUUUGAGCAUCUUUUAAUCUGUUCUUCAAGUAUUUAGGGACAGACUGUGGAACUAGCAGGGCAGAUCCUGUCUAGUGCGUGCCUUCCUUUACAGGAGACUUUGAGGCUAUCUGGGCGCUUUUUUUUUUCCUCCUGCAAGUUUUCUUCCCCGGAGCUUCCCGCAGGUGGGCAGCUAGCUGCAGCUACUACAUCAUCAGUCAGUUGAACUCUUCAGAGCAAGAGACGAGGAGACAGGAUAAGGGAAUUCAGUGAAAGAUACAGACAAGCUCAAGGAUGGAGGUGCAGUUAGGGCUGGGAAGGGUCUACCCACGGCCCCCGUCCAAAACCUAUCGAGGAGCUUUCCAGAAUCUGUUCCAGAGCGUGCGCGAAGCAAUCCAGAACCCGGGCCCCAGGCACCCUGAGGCCGCUAGCAUAGCACCUCCCGGCGCCUGUUUGCAGCAGCGGCAAGAGACUAGCCCCCGGCGGCGGCGGCAGCAGCAUGGCGAGGAUGGCUCUCCUCAAGCCCACAUCAGAGGCCCCACAGGCUACCUGGCCCUGGAGGAGGAACAGCAACCUUCACAGCAGCAGUCAGCCUCCGAGGGCCACCCUGAGAGCGGCUGCCUCCCAGAGCCUGGGACUGCCACAGCUCCUGGCAAGGGGCUGCCGCAGCAGCCACCAGCUCCUCCAGAUGAGAAUGACUCAGCUGCCCCAUCCACGUUGUCCCUGCUGGGCCCCACUUUCCCAGGCUUAAGCAGCUGCUCCACCGACAUUAAAGACAUCCUGAGUGAGGCCGGCACCAUGCAACUUCUUCAGCAGCAGCAGCAACAGCAGCAGCAGCAACAGCAGCAGGAGGUAAUAUCCGAAGGCAGUGGCAGCAGCGCGAGAGCAAGGGAGGCCACUGGGGCUCCCUCUUCCUCCAAGGAUAGUUACCUAGGGGGCAAUUCGACCAUAUCUGACAGUGCCAAGGAGUUGUGUAAAGCAGUGUCUGUGUCCAUGGGAUUGGGUGUGGAAGCAUUGGAACAUCUGAGUCCAGGGGAACAGCUUCGGGGAGAUUGCAUGUACGCGUCGCUCCUGGGAGGUCCACCCGCGGUGCGUCCCGCUCCCUGUGCGCCACUAGCCGAAUGCAAAGGUCUUCCCCUGGACGAGGGCCCUGGCAAAGGCACGGAAGAGACUGCUGAGUAUUCCCCUUUCAAGGGAGGUUAUGCCAAAGGGCUGGAAAGCGAGAGCCUGGGCUGCUCUGGCAGCAGCGAAGCAGGUAGCUCUGGGACACUUGAGAUCCCGUCCACUCUGUCUCUGUAUAAAUCCGGAGCAGUGGAUGAGGCAGCAGCGUACCAGAAUCGCGACUACUACAACUUUCCGCUGGCUCUAACCGGGCCGCCGCACCCCCAACCGCCUAUCCAUCCACACGCCCGCAUCAAGCUGGAGAACCCUCUGGACUACAGCAGCCCCUGGGCUGCAGCCGCGGCGCAAUGCCGAUAUGGGGACUUGGCUAGCCUACACGGAGGGAGUGCAGCCGGACCCAGCACUGGAUCGCCCCCAGCCACCGCCUCUUCUUCCUGGCACACUCUCUUCACAGCAGAAGAAGGCCAAUUAUAUGGGCCAGGCGGCGGGGGCGGCAGCAGCAGCCCGAGCGAGGCCGGGCCUGUUGCCCCCUAUGGCUACACUCGCCCCCCUCAGGGGCUGGCGAGCCAGGAGGGUGACUUCUCUGCCUCUGAAGUGUGGUACCCCAGUGGAGUGGUGAACAGAGUACCCUAUCCCAGUCCUAGUUGCAUCAAAAGUGAGAUGGGACCUUGGAUGGAGAACUACUCCGGACCUUAUGGAGACAUGCGUUUGGACAGUGCCAGGGAGCACGUUUUACCCAUCGACUAUUACUUUCCACCACAGAAGACCUGCCUGAUCUGUGGCGAUGAAGCGUCUGGCUGUCACUACGGAGCUCUCACUUGUGGCAGCUGCAAGGUCUUCUUCAAAAGAGCCGCUGAAGGGAAGCAGAAGUAUCUAUGUGCCAGCAGAAAUGAUUGCACCAUUGAUAAAUUUCGGAGGAAAAAUUGUCCAUCUUGUCGACUCCGGAAAUGUUAUGAAGCAGGGAUGACUCUGGGAGCUCGUAAGCUGAAAAAACUUGGAAAUCUAAAACUACAGGAGGAAGGAGAAAAUUCCAGUGCUGGCAGUCCCACUGAGGACCCAUCCCAGAAGAUGACAGUAUCUCACAUUGAAGGCUAUGAAUGUCAGCCUAUCUUUCUGAAUGUCCUGGAAGCCAUUGAGCCAGGAGUGGUGUGUGCUGGACAUGACAACAACCAGCCUGACUCCUUUGCUGCCCUGUUAUCUAGCCUCAACGAGCUUGGUGAGAGACAGCUUGUUCAUGUGGUCAAGUGGGCCAAGGCCUUGCCCGGAUUCCGCAACUUGCAUGUGGAUGACCAGAUGGCAGUCAUUCAGUAUUCCUGGAUGGGACUCAUGGUAUUUGCCAUGGGUUGGCGAUCCUUCACUAACGUCAACUCCAGGAUGCUCUACUUUGCACCUGACCUGGUUUUCAAUGAGUACCGCAUGCACAAGUCUCGGAUGUACAGCCAGUGUGUGCGGAUGAGGCACCUGUCUCAAGAAUUUGGAUGGCUCCAGAUAACCCCCCAGGAAUUCCUGUGCAUGAAAGCACUGCUACUCUUCAGCAUUAUUCCAGUGGAUGGGCUGAAAAAUCAAAAAUUCUUUGAUGAACUUCGAAUGAACUACAUCAAGGAACUCGAUCGUAUCAUUGCAUGCAAAAGAAAAAAUCCCACAUCCUGCUCAAGGCGCUUCUACCAGCUCACCAAGCUCCUGGAUUCUGUGCAGCCUAUCGCAAGAGAGCUGCAUCAAUUCACUUUUGACCUGCUAAUCAAGUCCCACAUGGUGAGUGUAGACUUUCCUGAAAUGAUGGCAGAGAUCAUCUCUGUGCAAGUGCCGAAGAUCCUUUCUGGGAAAGUCAAGCCCAUCUAUUUCCACACACAGUGAAGAUUUGGAAACCUUCAUACCCAAAUGCACCUUGUUCCCCUUUUCAGAUGUCUUCUGCCUGUUAUAUAAUUCUGCACUACUUCUCUGCAGUGCCUUGGGGGAAAUUCCUCUACUGAUGUACAGUCUGUCAUGAACAUAUUCCUCAGUUCUAUUUCCUGGGCUUUUCCUUCUUUCCUUUUCUUCUUCUCUCCCUCUUUCACCCUCCAAUGGCACAUUUUGAAUCUGCUGCUUGUUGUGGCUCCUGCUUGCGUUUUGAGUUGUGUUGUAUUUCUUUGAAUCUGUGAUGACCCCUAUGUGGCCCAGUGUCAAUCGUGCUUGUUUACAGCACUGUGCUGUGUGCCCACCACGCCAAUGAUUACUCACCUUAUGCCAUGUGGAGUUUAAAGAGCUAUAAGUAUCUUGGGAAGAAACAAACAUAGAAAAUAAAAAGCCAAAAAAAAAAAACAUGCUAGCUUUGUUUCUUCACAAGAAAUAAAUAAACACAUAGGAUUCCCAAAGGAGCCAACAGUGACUGGAAGAAAGUUAAAAUCACAGGUACAUGAGGAGUCACUGUUGUUGUUCAUCCUGUCUCUCUGUGGGAAACUUCAAUUGUUGCUAAUGGCUAUUGCCAUUAAAGAGCAGGAUGACCCCAAAGCUUACUGGUAGGCUAGAGAGAAAAGAGGACAAGGAGGGCAGAUGGAUGACCAUUGCUUCCCCCACAGCCUUUGUCCCUGAGUGCUAGAGUGCUCAGUUGCAGUACGAUCCAUUGUGUUGAAAUGUGCUUCUCGUCUGUAAACUUGUCUGCAUGGGAAUGCCUCCUCCUUCAAAUCCUUUUCUCUCUCAACCUCUGCUUCCACCCUCAACUGACUUUCCAUUGCUUUGCUAAGAGCUUUGAACUAAAUGUUCUCUGUAGCCAAAACUUUGGCCACUUCAACUGAAGUUAGGUCAGUGAGAAGAAAGCAGAGAGAUCUGACCCUUUGGAAGGCUCCAUUCAGAUCUAGGUCUGUAUUUCUGUAUGUGAGCCAUAGCGGAGCUUUGUGGCUGGAGUCAGAGGAAAAGGAAGUGAUGGCUUUUAGCCAUUCUCCCUUUAAGGACAGUGACUAGUUGAUCACUUAGAGCAAUCACCUUUUCCUCUACUUUUAAAGGACCUAUAGACCCCUUGAAGCCACGUUGUCACUCCACAGUUCUUCAGUGUUCGGUGAGCCUGAACUUCACUAUAAAUGCAUUUAAGCUAUGGUGGUAAAGCUUAUUCACGUCUGUGGAUGUGUUUGUAGACAUUGCUAAUAUCACCCUCCCACUACCACCAUGAAGGCUAGCAGAACAGCAGCCACAGCAUCUGUGUUUAGAUGUCAACUGUCUAAAAGACAUCUCACUCAAUGUCUUUCAUCAACAGUCAGAUUUCUGGAGCCCUUAGACAAAUUGGAAAGAAAUCAUCAAAGGGACCAGAAAAACUGGGCGGGCACCUUGCCCUUGUCCUCCAGAGACAAUAUACACCUAUCAAGUGGAGAAAUGUCAAUUUCCUCCUCAGAGUGACUAAAGGGCCUACCCAGACCAUGAUGGAGGAAAAAAAACUAAGUAACCAAGCUGGGAAGAGUGAAGACACUAGAACCAGAAGGCAUAAAAUGUUCUCCUUUCUACCCAGCAUACUCACCUGCAGAAAUCAUGGGAAGAAGAGAGAAGGAAAAAAGAGAAUACAGACUGCCAGCAUCUUCAGAGGCAAAGUCUAAAGCCAAAUAAAUGAAUGCCAUCUGGCUAGAUGGGCACCAGUUUGCUCAUCCUCCUCUAUUGCAGUUGCUGGGCUGACCUUGGCCAAAGUCACUCAGACGCCCCAGCAGAGUUGUUGCCUCUCAGUCAGAGGGUGCAGGACCACUGAGACAUUCUGUAGAACCAUGACUCCCAUUGGACAGAUCUCGCUGUUGUGGCUACAAAUAGACUGCACCCAUAAACAUAACAGUGAUCCAUGCCCUGGGUCACUGGUUUCAUGUAGUCCAUUGAUUCCCUUCUUUUCUGUGGACUCUGUUCCUGAAGCUUGGGUGCAGGAAGAAUUCCCACCUACUCUUGCAUUUGUACAAUUCUUCCUCACUCAGCUCUUCACUUUACUGCUGAGUUUAAGAAUUUAAGGGCCAGCCCCCAAGCUGCCCAUUUUAAUUGAUUGAGAAGACAGUUUCUGAGUGACAUGAUAUGAUACACAUGAGUUUCCUUCCCUGAUUUCUGUGUUGAUAUUAAUAGCAAAACAAAUUUGCAAAACAACUUCUUUAAAUAACAAGGGAGGGAGAAUGUAAGAUGAGCGAUAUGACAAUCCAGCGCUGCUGGACAAAAACUGAAGCUGACAGAUUCCCUUGUUGAGCUAGGAUAGGUAGAUUCUGAUUUGCUUUGUGAUGACACCAUCUGGCUUAAGUACAGGAUCUCUUUUAGCUGUGUCUUAAACAGAAAAAAAAUCACCACUCUUUUCAGUUAAACUGUGUUACAUUUUAAUAGUUCCUUUACAUCUCUUUUGAAGUAAUUUCCAUCUUCUGUGGUACAUGGAUUUUAUUAUAACACUCUAAUAUUUGUCUUUGUAAAUACUAGAGGCUCUUUGUUCCAUUUCUCUAUGAAGUUUUUCAUCUUAUGGAGUUCCAGAUCAUGACUCUUGUCUUUAUGAAUGUAUAUGUUUUUGUUUUUAUUUUUACUUGCAAAAGCCAAAAAUCAGUGAAAGAGCAGGACAAUUAAAGUAACACCAACUAGAUAACUCCAAAGUUACAGAACUAGAGAAAACAGCCUACACAAGGCCUUAUGCCUACUGUUUCUGCAUUGGGAUUUGAGUAAGCAAUGAAAGUUAUAGCUUGGCUGUGUUCUCCCACACAGGCAAAGAAGAGGUUGGUUUUUGCUUUGUCUUUUCUUUCUUCUUUUUUGGGGGGGGAUUUUCUGUUUCAUUUCUUUUUGUUUUCUUUGGCCAUCAAUGUUCCAGCUAGUGUGGCUGGCAGAAGUCUCAUCUUGUAAGCACUCUAUUCAGCAGAGUGAGUGUUGCUGGUACAUUGUGCUUACCUGUGAAUGACUGGCCAUUGCUCCACUCAUCUGGUAAGAUGGAAGAUGAAGAUCACUCACUGGACAAGUCAAGGUGAUCAUCUCCAAAGAGUUUUACAGUGCUCGAUGGGAAUGGAAUGUGAGGAUGAGAAAAAGAGGAGCACCAUGGAAAAGGCCCAUCUGGGCUGGGCAGCAGACAGCUGUCAAAGUCACGAACUCUGUGGUUAAAGAAAAGAGUCGUGUAUCGCUUACAACUCUCAUUCACAGGGCAACUCACUGUGUGUGGACUCUGAGCUGACAUGGGAGUUGGCUUCUUUGUUCUAUAGAUUUUCUAUGCCACAGGCAAUAUUAUUGUUCUUGGAAAGUUCAUUAUUUUUUUAAAUUAGCUUACUCUGAGAAAGGGAUUUUUUUGAAGGAUUCUGUCAUAUAUCUUUGAAAAACAGAAAAUCAGUAAUAUGUAUAUUUUUAUGUAUGUUCACUGGCACUAAAAAAGAAAAAAAAGAGGAAAAAAAAAGCUUCACUCUGUCCUUUGGGUAGGUUAAUUGUCCAGGUUGAGAAAUGUGCUGAUGCUAAUAUCCUUCUCUGUCCAUACUCUAUUUCUAAGUACAUAUAGGUAUAUAUAACAAGAUAUAUUCAACACACUUCAAGAAAAAAUUAUGUCCACCAUCCACAUAAUAACCUGAUACUACACAAAUUACCUGACGUUAAGCUUCGAGCGGCUUCUGACUGUUUCAUUCAGUACAGGUGUGGUCUUGUUCCCUUCUUUCCCUUAAAUUUGGCAGGGCACAAAGGCCCAAGCCAUCCCUUAUACCUCCCCAAGACCUAUGGCAGCAUCUCACUUUAGAAAGUUUUCUGGAAACAACUGACUGACUAUCCCUGCAUGAUCCUAGCAUAGCUCUGGACAAAAAGAGGCUGACUAUAAUUCUCCUGUAUUAGUUGCUCCGGUAAGAAGUCAUUGGGCGAAAGGCAUGGUUCUCAUACUUGAGAACCACGAAUGGUAACCUUCCGGAUCAAAUCCCAAAUUGAAAGUCAAAAGAAGCCAUUAAGCAUGUGAAAUUUCUUGGACUAAGAAGUUUCUUUCCUGGCUGCCUUUAUAGACAGGUUUGUUUCUACCACUUAUCACUUUGAAAAUCUUUGAAAGCAUUUUUUAAGUAGAAAAGGAGAUGAAAGCAUUACAUUAUGUAACCAAAGAUUAUAUUGUAUCUGCUAAGAUACCAAAAUUGUUAAGGGCAGGGAAGGAGCAAGCAUUAGUUCCUCUUUGGUAAACUAUCCAAAGACAGACUGAAGGACUUUUCUGAUGACUUACUUAGAAGACUUUGUGGGGAAGGGUUGUCUCACAAUAUACAUAUUUAGAAGUGUUGAGGAAAAUUUGGAAAAAAAUGGGAUUAUAGUGUCCUUCACAAGCUGAUUUUAUAAGCAGAAUUAGCUUUCCUUUUUUCUAGUAGUUGCAGAGCAAAUUCUUGAAGCUCCAUCUUUGCAUGGUUGGAAAUGGAGCUGGUCUUGGCCACUGUGUUUGCUAGUGCCCAUGUUAGCUUAUUUGAAGAUGUGAAACCCUUGAUGAGAAGGGGUGCGUUUAAAGGAUUAGAUUUUGCACUAGAAGGAGGGCAGGCAGAAACCCUCAUUUCUGCCCAGUUUGGACAGCACAAAAAGUUCUCUGCAGUGUAAGGCAGAAAGUUGAAAUAUAUUGUAAAUGAGUAUUUGUAUCCAUGUUUCAAAACUGAAUUAUAUAUAUAGAUGUAAUGUGUUCUGAUAGCUUUACCUUUCUCUGCACCUUUAUAUUUGGUUCCAGGUCAUAUCUGAUGCCAUGUACUUGUAAGAGAGGUGGCAGUUACAUUUUGGAUGCUCUCUCAGAAUGGAUAAGACACCUGGAUUGAUCAGAUAAUUGAUAACUCUUCCCAUAUUGGGCCUGGUGUUCAGGCCUUAAAAGGGGUGGAAGAGGAAAAGGUAGGGUACAUGAUGUGUUGCACUUUACUAGCUUAAGACAGAUGAAUGUGGAAAGGGUGGUGAAAUCUCAUUGAAAUUUCCUGGGAAUUGCAAUAGGGAGAAAUCCAGAUGUGGAGCCAAGUGCUCACCCAAAGGAGUGGCCAGCAUCCUCUUUGUGAGAUGUGGGCCAUUGGGAGAAGGAAGGUUAUUUCUUUGAUCCUCACCAUUCUUGUUAGAGAAGGGCAGUUGCCUGAUCUUGGGAACCUGGAGCAAAUGCUCCUUCUGUCACAUCAAUUCUUUCCCCUGCGAUUGAGGUGCUCUUGCUACUGGGUGUCCGUGUGCUCUAAUUCUGGUUUGGGAUAUGUUCUGUAAAGAUUUUGAUAAUUGAUAAUGUAUUUUUCUCUGUUAAAAUUUGUUAGUGUACUAGAAGUCAUAUCUCUGUAGGUACAGUUCCAUUGCUACUCAUGAGUAGAGGUAUUUUUCUUCAGUUAAUAGUUUGACACUGGGGUCUGUUGCCCAGAGCCUCCUAACCCUCAAGCAUUCUAGGUGAAGGCAGAAAACCCACAUCUUGUCACUUUUCUUCUGAAAUUUCAUCCAAGGUAACAAAUCACUGGGAAUUCUCCUAUCCCUCAAAAGAACAGUAGAUAAUUAAAUUCAGCAGGUGGUGUUUUAGAGCAAAAAACAAAAAACAAAAAACAAAAAAAACACAAAAAAACAAAAAAACAGCCUUUGACCCAUCUUUAAUAUGAUCAAUUUAUUCUGGCCAGGAAGCAGGUAAUGUGCACUAAGUGCUUUUCAGUCCUUGUUCAGCAUAGCAGGGUUCUAAUUCCUUUCCGUGUUCCAUUUGUCUCUUGGCCUUUCAUGGAAUUAAACGAGAAGCUGUGAAAUGGGCAGCACGGGUAGCCUGGAAUAGUUUCUGUGUAAGCUACUCAGUAAGACUGUUGUUUAGCUGUAGAUAUUAUUGGCCAACAACAACUGGAUGACACACAUAUACAGUACCCCCUCAAAAGAACCAAUUCUGAAAUGUUACUAUUUCUUUGCAGGCACUCUGUCUGCCGCCUCAUAGUUUGAGUCAUUGUGCUUUAUAUGAGAGACAGACCAGGUUUGCAGUAUCUCAUGACUUUAGCACUUGGUGCUAACUGUCCUGCAGGGAAGUGCCUAUGGGGUUGUCCUAUAAGUCCCUUUGGCCACUGAGAGUAGCCACCAUUGGGAUCCCCAGGUUAAAAAAAAGAGUUCCCUCACCACUUUUUGACACACCAUUCAGCUUUCCUCUAGACAGAUAUAAUGUACAUUGAUUAGGGAGGGCAUUGCAGAUGGCAUUCUUAUACUGUCCUUGAGAUUAAUUUGGCAGUAGGAGGGAAUAGACAAUGUAACCAGAGAUAAGAAUUAAAUUUCACGUGGAGAGAGCAAAGAGAGAAAGCAUUAUUCAAAAUUUUUUCAAAAGAAACAAAUUAAUUUUGCUUGAAACUUCUUUCGAUGGGGCUUCAGUUCUCACAGCGGCACUUGGCUUCCACUGGGCAGCAGGACCAGCCCCAAGCGCUAGCAUUCUGUUCUCUUUUGUAAUCUUGGAAUCUUUUGUUGCUCUAAAUACAAUUAAAAAUGGCAGAAACUUGUUUGUUGAAA